UAGACAUUUGGCUCUAUGAAAUGAGAUAAGUAAUCUCAAAACUAAUAUUGCAUUGGUGAUAAGUCUGCAGUAAAAGUCUGCUUAAAUAUAACAAAUAAUACAAUUAAAAAUAAAACAGUAUCAUUAUAAUUUCCAAAAUAUAAAGAUUCGCUAAACGGAUUCUUUUGUAUCUUCUAAGCAAAGCCAAAAACCGUGUAUUCAAAUGACGUCAAUAUGGAAGAUUGCAAGUUAAUACCAACUUGGUUGACCAAUGCCUACUUCCAGAAUGUGUUGCGAAAUUACAAAAAAGAUACAUCUUUGACUGUCACAAAAAUGGAAUCAAGUGUAGCAACAGGGAAAGGGGAAAAUUUCAUAAGUGUGAUUAUACGUGUUAUUGUGGAGUAUAAAUCAAAUAAUAAAGCCUCAAAAAGCGAACCCUUUAUUGUGAAAUCCAAGUUAGAACACGAUGUCGCCGUAACACUAAUAUUGGAACCAUAUCAAGCUGAAGCAACGGAAAUGCUGAUGUAUGAUAAAAUAUUGCCAAUACUUAAUGAAUUAAUAAAAUUGAUUGAUGAGCAAGAGAAACUUUUUCCAACAGCCAUUUUCGUGGACUAUGAACAUAGGGCCAUAAUAUUCGAAGACCUCGCAGAAUUGGGUUAUACUUCAGCAGCACGUUUGAAUGGCAUUGAUGAGGAAGUAGCGAAAUUGUGUCUGGAGAAUAUGGCUAAGAUACAUGCUACUGGUUUGGUAUUCAAUACCAUGCAUCCGGGUCUUUUACAACAGUUGCAUCAUGGUGUUUUUAAUCGCCACACUAGAGGAUUUGCAGCAUAUUUCGAAACUAUUAUGGAAGUUUGUGCAAACUUUGCUGGAGAUUGUGUUGAUUUAGGAAUUUAUUAUAAGGAAAAACUAUUAAAAUUAAAAGAUAAUAUGAUGGAGUGUGGAGCUAGAGUUUUUGAUGUGAAACCAGACUUCUUUAAUACACUAUGUCAUGGUGAUUUCUGGGCUAAUAAUUUAAUGGUUACCUAUACAGAAGAAGCAAAUAUAUCAAAAAUAAAAAAUGUUUUGGCUUUGGAUUUUCAAUUUAGUGUUUGGGGUAGUCCAGCAGUGGAUUUACAUUUAUUUUUUAACACAUCAUUGAGACAUGAAUUACGUCUUCAUAAACAGAAAAUAUUAGUCGAAUAUUACUAUGGGAUUUUGACAAGAACUCUGCAAAAAUUAAACUACACAGGCGAUGUGCCAACACUAAAAGAUUUAUGGGUGCAGUUAGAGGCUAAACGUUUUUAUGCGGUUACUGCGUCACUUAUAGUACAACCAGUAUUACUAAAUGAGAAUAAUGAAGACGCCGAUUUUAAUGCUUUAGUAUCUGAUGAUGAAAGAGGUCGGAGACUUCGUAGCAUAUUGUAUACUAAUAAAAAGGUACAGGAAUAUGCUAAAAUACUCAUACCUUUUUUUGACCAGAAGGGACUUUUAGAUGGAAUAGUAUAAAUUGAUCAAUUAUAAUUUUUAUUAGGCAACCCUGAUCUUAUGACUGGGAUGCAAAUAAAAAAUUAAUUAAU